UACAGGUUUAUCAUGCACAAUUAUAAUGUCUUUAUCACAGCUGUGUACUCAGCCGUGCAUGACAGGAAGGUCUAUGUAGUCUGUGGUUUGAAGCUUCCUGUACCGCAUAGGACGACCUGUCUGUCUUAUACAGGAAGGGAGCGGCAGUCACUACAUAUUAUAGGCCCUAUGCAUCCUCAUUAGCUCUCUUUUUGCUUCUCUGUAAUGAAUGAAGGGGUAAUAUUGCUGUGUCCCUUUUUGUUUUUAUACUUUUUUUUAUUUGGGUGUGAACAGCUGAGGAUUUAGACGUUCAUGUAGUUCAAAUCCUUUAUGUUUUUCAUCUGUUAAGUGUUUUUCUCCCUCAGGCUCGCUGCAGUGAAGACCUGCUGAGAAACAAGAUCAAGGCUCUGGAGGCGCAGCUGCAAGUCUGCCUGCAGAAGUUUCCCAAGGAUGGCAUGAAGAAACUGGUGCUGCAGAUGGAGAAGCAGAAGCUGGUGUAUGAGGAGAAGGCCCUGGUUGCACUGCAGAAGGCCACACAGGACAAAACGGAAGCACUCUGCAAGGCUGAGGCAAUGCAGGAAGCGCUAAUUACAGCGAAGGCAGAGGCCUUGAAAUGGCAGAGCCUUUUUGAGGAGCUGAAGCUGAGCUCUGGACAACUCAGGGAGAACCAGCUCCUCAGUAAUGAACAGCUGCAACAGCUGCACAGCCAAGUGGAGCUGUCGAGAGCCAGAGAGGCCGAGCUGAGGGACGAGGUGCUGUCAUUAAGACAAGAGAAGAAGGAGCUACAGUACAACAUUGGCCUGCUGGAAGAGGACAACCAGACUUUAAGAGAGGAAAUCCAGCAACUUAGAGACGGCGGCGAUGAGAGCCAGGACUUUACGAUGCAGUGGCGUCUGGCGUCAGAGGAAGCAGAGCCACGAGUGACGGUGAGGAGAGACCCUCAGGUGGAGGAGCAGCUCCGUCACACUGAGGAGAAACUCCGGCUCAAGGAGAGAGAGUGCGAGGAGCUGCAGACAGAGCUGUGUGCCAUGGAGCAGGAGUGUCAGUCCAGCCAGGCCCGACUGUCGCAGUGCAGGGACGAGCUCCGGCAACUCGGCCACCGCCACAGGAGACCGACAUCGUGUGGCUCCUGGUGGAAAGUAUGGAUGUUCUUCCUUCUUCUCCUCUUUGUGGCAGAGGUUGCCAUGUUGUGGCUGUGGUAUCCUCCUUUCAGAGAGCAAGUUGAAGACCUGUACUCAGACAUAGAGACACGCAUCGAAGACUAUCUCAUGAAAAUGGCCUCUCCUCAACACUCAAGUUGUUUUAGACCGAUAUGAAAAUGGCGCUACUCUGGAAUAUUACUUUUGUUGUAUUUGUUUUAAAAUGAGACUUAGUGAGAAAAAAUGAGAUGUAGUUUGUGCAUAUUUUUGUAUUCCUUUUGACUCAGAACUCAAAUUGUGUGUGUGUGUGAUGUGAGAUAACGUUGUGCUCAUGUGAAAAGAGUUAAAAUACAAGUGACCACUUCAAGUGUGAAAGAGGCAACCAAAUGUGUGUUAAGUCUGCAACAAGUAAAAAGUGUUUGAAGCACUAUCAGCUAACAAGUUAGCUGACGUUAAUGACAUUUUAAGAAAUUGUGAGUUGAUGACAUCAACAAAAUAGUCAGGAGUAGAAAAAUAGGAGGCAUCGUUUGUACUGUACACGACUUGUUUAGUCCAAAGCACCAACUUGAAUUCAGAUUCACUGUUGCUGAAAAGAAAAGAAAAAGGGGAGAGUAAGCACUCAAUGCAAGAGCCAUCGGAGUUUUAUAUUAUUAGAAAUAAAGACUAUUGUUAUUAU